AUGGAUGGAUUUCAUGGACGCGAUAAGGAACAAAUGAGGCAAACUAUACUGAAGCAUGAGUCAGUAUUCAGGCAUCAGAAAGUGUCAAACUUUGAGGAACGAACCUGUGAAUUCUCGCGGCAGGCGUUCUCGAGGUCUUUGGUCCAGUUCAAGCAAGGGAAGGACAGACUGGACUGUUCCCUCGUGCUUCUCCCUUUAGGGGUGAAAACCUUCCUGACCGGAGUGCCGUUCACUCUACUUCUCCUGGCGGGAAGUACUUGUUCCCUUCACCAACCAAUCUUCGGAUUCAAAAAUCGUAUGUAUAUAAGCAUAGAAAGCGCACCGUUUUGGAAGGCAGGAACUUCCGGACAAAUGCUUAAGACAAUAAGAAAGGAAGAAGUAGCGAUAUGCCGCCUUAUUUUAUAA